AAGGCGUGUUGAGGCUACUUUCUCUCAGGCUGCGAGAGUCUGCAACCUUUAUUGCUACCAUACUUCUUCCGCGUACCUGGACGAUCCAGUUUGGCCUGUACCGAUAUCCUGAUAUUUUCUUCUACGGUGGGAUUCCAGAUACUGGCAAGAAGCCAAGCCUGUAGAGGGCAUCUGCCCAAGCACCAUGGAGGAGGUACCAGAUGGUGUUCACCAAUGGUUGAGCGUUGAUCAGUUUCCUGCACAUCUGCAGAAAUACUGGUUCCAGCGGUUCAAGAUCUGGGAUAAGUAUGAUGAAGGCGUCUGGAUGACGGAGGAUGCAUGGUUCGGUGUCACUCCAGAGCCUAUUGCGAACAAGAUCGCAGCCCACAUUGCAGAGUCGGCGCCUAAAGAGAAGACCGUGAUCAUCGAUGCUUUUGCAGGCGUAGGCGGCAAUGCAAUCGCUCUGGCUCGCUCAGGCCGCUGGGAGCGCGUUUUUGCCAUUGAAAAAGAUCCUAAGACAUUGAGAUGCGCCAAGCAUAAUGCAAGAAUUUAUGGUGUUGAGAAAAAGAUCUUCUGGCUUGCAGGCGACUGCUUCGAGGCGAUCAAUAGAUUCGCUGGACAGAAGAACACUGUCAUAUUCGCUAGUCCGCCAUGGGGAGGUACCAGCUAUGGCGAGGACGACGUAUUCGACUUGACAAAAAUGGAGCCGUACAAUCUCGACAAGCUCUACAAAAGUUUCACAAAGCACAGCAAGGAGCUUGUUCUGUACCUCCCGAGAAACUCGGAUCUCAAUCAGAUUGCAAGCUACGUGCCUGAAGACCAAAAGCUUGAGGUAGCACACUACGCCAUCAUGGGUGCCAGCAAGGCAUUAUGCACAUACUUCGGUAAUUUCAACUUCGACGUUGCAGAAGUGGAAGAGGAGUGAGAUCAAUCGAGGCAAGAUUUCCAAUCUGUUCAAUAUUACAUGCUAGAUGGCUGCGAUACAUGCGUUCGUGCACAACGUGCCAAGACGUUGGUUCAAAUUCUCUUUUAGGCGUGAGUGAAACUCUACCUUUGAAACACGAAAACUCAUUGUCUCGCUGAAAAUGUGUAUUUUACCAUUCGCGUUCACGCGUUGUUCGGUCUGAACCUGUUGGUCCGUGCAUACGAACCGUUCUCGAGCUUCUGCCUCCAUCGAAGCAACACCACAACGCGCCCGCGGGCAACUGCGACGUC